GUUCUUCUUGUACUGGUUAUAAUCGUUCCAGUGGUCUGAGCCACUGCUAGAAGAAGCCCCGAAUUUCUAGUAGAAACAGAUAGAAUUUACUGUAAAAUGGUAUCAUUUGUGAUGUUCAUAUUUAUACUAAAAGGGGCUUCUGCCUUAUCGAAUCUUGUAUGGAUUUCCUCACUGGACGGAAAAUACCGGAAUCAUAGCUACUGGUUCGACAGCGAUUCCUCCAUGACGGCAUUCGAAGCAGACGACCACUGUGCAUUGAAUAAUGGUCGCCUAGCGCCUUUCAUCGACAGCUACCAGUAUAAUUUUCUCCUUGGUCUUCGUCCAGAAACAUCAGUGGAUACGUUUAUCGGCACAAUGGAUUUAGCAGAGGAAAACACCUGGGUCAACUUUGAUGGAAGUAGUAUCCCCGGAAAUGAAUUUUUAUACACCAUGACGGAUUAUCCUAAUCAUCAACCUAAUGGCGGCACCACUCAAAAUUGUGCUGUAAUCAAUUCGAGGGUGUGGGUCAGCACAGUGUACGUUGAUAGCCAAACACAAGACAAGGCGUGCACCCACACGACGACAGAUAUGCUGUGUUACAGAGAAGCUGUUAAUAUUUUCGUGAGGAGUAAAGAUAGGUGCUUGGUAGAACAUCUACUGGAUAGUACAAUGUAUCUAGAUUGGAGCGGCCUCUGUUUAUCCUGGAAUUCCACUGCGGAUUUUGAGUACAGACAACAUUGCUACUGGUUGACGUCAAAGACUCCUAUUGGAACAUCGUGGUCAGUAGUGGACUCCAUGAAUAAGUGCCAGUGUGAGGGUGGACAGCUAGCCCCGGUUAUAGAUGACUUCCAGUACGCCUUUAUCCAUAAUCUUCUCACAUCUAUUGCUGGUGCAACUGGUACAACCCUGGGGGUGUGGCUUGGUCCCCAUAACAUCAAAGGUUCACCAAUGAACUGGAACGGCGACCCCGUGAAGGCCAGCAAUCUCACGUCCGCUCCGGAAGGGGAAUAUUGUCUCCUGAUUUCUGCGGCAGGGGUUCAAACUUGGAGACUGUGUAGUUACUCUGAUACAAGUAUUGUGAUUGGUGCUCUCUGCUACAAAGAAGGAGGAUCUUCCCAUGGUACUGACACAACAGCCAGCUCUACGACAACGUCCAUUGAAGAAAUCAAAAACGAGCUCUAUGUGAAUCCACGGGAAACCACUGCAUUUAAGAUGACGAAGAUCAGUGUUUAUGAGGAUCGGCCCGUCGCCAAAGGUAUUGGAAUGGUGGGCGUGGCUGUACUAGCAUCUGUGUUUGUCUUUAUCAUCAUCCUAGACUGUCAAAGGAUAGAACAGUACUGUUCCAAGAGAAAACCCUAAUUUAAUGCCGGGAAUGAUCGCUCCGCUUUCAAUGUAACUUACACCUGGAAAAAACGAGACGGCGUGUCAGAAAUGUCAAAACUUUAUUUAUUCUUCUGGGCGCAUGUGGAUUUCCUCAAACAUUCGUAAGGAAUGGAAGUUAAUUAGUGAAGACAGAAAUUUGUGAACAUGCGGUGGGUUACCAGCGGUAUACACUCGACUUAUAAAAGACUAAUAUCAAAUAUUGACAUUCGUAUGAAAAGUCUGUUGUUUCUUAUUGUUCAGCUGUAUUUUAUCAUUGAAUUCCAUUAUUUGUCAAUGAACAGUGCAUUAUAUCAACUUAGAGAAUUAACCAAUUAGCUUGACCAAAGUUCCGAUAAAAGACAGACAUAUUAAUAAAAUGAUUCAAGCAUUC